AUGGCCGCAAUUACGACAGUCAUAUCCUGUAGACCAGGAAUCCGGCAGCUGAAGCCAAAGCGUGGCACACCUUGGUACGUCAAGGUGCUUGAAGCCAGAGCUUCGAUGGAAACAAUCGCACGGAAGGUUUUCGGAACAGAGCUAAAGCGCGAUCUAGCCAACGAGUACGUCGAGAGCUACAAGGCGGUGACCAACAAUCAUCUCAGGCAAUGCGAGGUGACGCGAAUCAACGCCGAGAUUUACGCUCUCGAAGAACGGGAUCAACGGCGUCAUCGAACGUCUCCUUCAGGCAUUCCCGGAACCCACGCCGAAAAAAACCUCACCCGACAGGACGAACGAGUCCUCUUCACAAUCCACCCUCGCAUGGAUUAG